UCGAUGGUGUUUGAAUGUAGCUAAAGACAAUAAUUGAAUUUAAAACGAAAAGAAGAACACAAUUUUCAAUUCGCUUGACAAGUAAUACAAACCGCAGAGAAAGAAGUGUGACAAAUAAAGCAAUUUUAAAAAUAUUUUUGUAAAAAUAUAUAAAAUGGGAUUUUGGAAUGUAAAGUUGUUUGGUACAGCAGUUGCUGGUCUCAUAACUGCUUUCUGCACGGCUGGUAUUUUGAGAUGGGGAGUUCUAGUCUAUAAAUGUAACGAAUCAAAAUCCUGGCAAACAUUCUCAGACUGGGUUUUUAACGUUUACAAUAUAGCUCUGGGUGGUGGAUGGUUUAUUAAUCGAAGAAAAAAUGAAGAUAAUUCGGAAUUAAUAGCCCCACUCUCCUUUGCACUUGCUUUGUUAACUUCAAUUGGUUUGAUUGCUUCGCUGAUGUUUAUUUGUGGAUUGCGUCGGAAUCGCCUGAGAUUAGUAGCUCCAUUAGUCUACUUGACUGCUGCCGGCAUAGUUUUCACAGCCAUCACAGCUUUGUGCUCGUAUACCGCGAAUUUAAUGAUUGCCCCAACUGUUGUCCAUGCUGCUUUAGAAUUUCUAAUACAUUUAAAGUGGACGUAA